UCUUGUCUCCAAUAUGGCUCUUUGCAUCACAAAGCUCGUCAUCUUCUCUCUCCUCUUCACUUCCACCAUUUUAUUUACCGCAAAUUCUCACACUUUCGCAAGAAGCUUGCUUCCCGAAAAGCUUGGCCUCAAGAAGGAGAAGCUGAGCCACCUCCACUUCUACUUCCACGACAUCGUGAGCGGCCGCAACCCGACCGCGGUGCGCGUGGCCGAGGCCAAGAUGACCAACAAGUCUGCCACGGGGUUUGGCCUCGUCGUCAUGAUCGAUGACCCAUUGACCGAGGGCCCGGAACUGAGCUCCAAGGUCGUCGGCCGUGCUCAGGGGCUCUACUCGUCCGCCUCGCAGAACGACCUCGGCCUGCUGAUGGUGCAGAACUACGUCUUCACCGAAGGGAAGUACAACGGGAGCACGCUCAGCGUCCUCGGCCGGAACGCGGUGUUCUCCGAAGUGAGGGAGAUGCCGAUCGUCGGUGGGAGCAGGCUCUUCCGGUUCGCACGCGGGUACGCUCAGGCGAGGACGCACUUGCUUGACCUCCAGACCGGCGACGCGGUUGUGGAGUACAACGUUUACGUCUUCCAUUAUUGAUCAUGCUCAGGAGCUGUCGCCAAAGGAGGCCAUUCUAGCGAAGGAGUCCUUAAGUUUCAUUUCAUAUGGCCGUACUCUCUGCUUGCCUUUUUAAGCUUUAUCUGUUAAUUAUUUCCGGUAUUAGAGAUAUUCUUGCACUGUUGAUUGUACUUUUUGAAGACCCCAGAGUAAUAAUCAUAUUCCCCAAAUUAAUGGA